GACGGUAAGUUGAAAUAUUAUCGAAUUGAAUAUUGUUCCAUGUGGCUGAGCGUUAAGAGUUUUAAAAUAUACUCGUAGACUUUUUUGCGGAUUUUGUACAUUUUGGGAAAAAUAAAACAACAUGACGAAUAUUUUAUUGAUUUUGUGUUUUGUGUGCAUCAUACUAAAAACUGGAAGUGCUUUAUCCAGCGAAGACAAUAAAACCUCAAAAGCCACUGAAAAUUAUAGUAAUGUUGCAAAGGACAAGGCUGAAGACUUAGAAGGAGCUGAAACUGUUGGAAAAUUAUUCAACUUAAAGGGAAUAUUUCCUUCCUAUGGCACAUACCCUAGUUAUGGAUCUGGAAGGUACCCUUCGACAGGUGGUGGUUACUACCCAUCGUCAAGUGGAGGUUAUUAUCCCUCAUCGAGUGGGGGUUAUUAUCCUUCUUCUAGUGGUGGCUAUUAUCCUUCAUCAGGUGGUGACUAUUAUCCUUCCUAUAACAAACCGUCAAAUGGAUUCUAUCCCAGUUCCGGAUACUACCCCAGUGCCAGUGGUGGUGGUGUUGGUGUUGGUGGUGGUAGUUCUGGCUUCUACCCCUCAACUGGAACAAAUAUUCUGGGUCAUGGAGCUGGUGCCUAUCCCAGUCAGUCAUACUAUCCCUCAACAAACCCAUGGUACAGAACAACGAGUGACCAUGCAACGACUUUAUCUUCCAGCCAUGGUGGCUACGGUGGGUAUGGAGGUAAUGGAGGUCUUAAUUCCUAUAAUGGGUACAAUAACCCCCGGUAUGAUGGAAAACGCAACCUUGGUUAUGGCUAUCAUUCUGAUACAGAUCGUUAUGGCUUCUAUAAAUCACCAUCGCAAGAGCUUUCUGUGUAUCGAGGUUAUGACUAAUAUUAUUAUAAAACAUUUUAAUUAUUUAAUUAUGUUAUACCCUUAAUUUAGAUUAAGUGUUGGAGUGUGUAAUUUUUUAUCGAUGAUAUCACUAAACCUAUAAUUCCUAUCAUUAUAUAAUUUGUGAUUUUAUAAAUCAAUGUCUAAUGAAGUCAAUUUGUGUGUCACUAUAGGCGCGUUGUAUAACAAAUAAUUGAAAGCCUAAACUUAUGCUGUCUUGAAAAAAUGUCUGUCACUUACAAAUUUAUGUGUUGUCUUAUUAAAUCCAUUUUGUUUUUUAUCUUGUCUUCAGUUAGAAGUUCAUUAAUGUUCAUGAUUUUCAACAAAACAAUAUAAAACUCUUAAUUCUAUUAUCUUUAUAUGAAUGACAGCUCGCAGCACUUUUGUUUAGAAACAUCACCAGCGAUGCGUGAAGCCCUAUACUCGUACUCGUAUAAGCAACUUGGGGGAGAAUGGCUUGAAAAUUGAUUUAAACUUGAAUUUGAUGGAUGCAGCAUGCAGAUAAAUAGAAGCUAUUGUUUUCCAUACUUUUUUUUAGUGUUCUAACAUUCUUAGAUUUAGUUCUGGUAGAUAAAAUUGUUAAAGCCUUGUUUUAGAAAUAAUAAAAAAAAACUAUUUAAAACAAAAACAAA